AUGGACUACGUGCACCCUCAUAGCAAUAGCCCUCUCAAGUACACCACCCGCGUAUCACCUCCUCCGUCGUCUGACGCCGAGCCGCCCUACCCAGCGUCCGCAGAAGCGGAGGCGCUGCCGAACACGUUCAACCGAGUACCUGCACACUGCAGGCCACCGCUCCCCCUCGCCCUCUGCAGCGGGGCCCACGUCCUGGAGUUCUUGAAGUACCUGGACCAGUUCGGGAAGACACGGGUGCACUCCCCGGUGUGCCCCUUCUUCGGGCAGCCCAGCCCUCCGUCGCCCUGCCCGUGCCCUCUCAAGCAGGCCUGGGGAAGCCUGGACUCCGUUGUGGGGAGGCUGCGGGCAGCCUUUGAGGAGAACGGGGGCAGGCCCGAGAAUAACCCCUUCGGUUCGGGGGCGGUCAGGAUGUAUCUGAAAGAGAUCAGGGAUUUCCAGGAGAGAGCCAGAGGGGUUAGUUAUGACAAGAAGAAGAAGAAGAAGAAGAAGAUGAUGAUGAUGAUGAAAGCCGAGAACCCAGCCGGUGAUCAAGUACUAGCUCGUCAUGAAAAACACUCCUAGCUCUGAUUGAUUGAUUAAUUAGUGGACUGCAUAUGCCACGCCGAGGAUCAUGGAGGGAGGUCGCCGGGUGUG